AUGUCAUUCCCAUUCCUCUCAACCCUCAGACCCGUCCUCGUCUCCAAACCCUUCCUCAUCCCCACCUCCCUCUUCUGCACCUACAAGCUGCUCGACUGCCUCAGUACCUACCUCUCCCAACGCAGCCUGAAUAACUGGGAGGCCGACUCCACCUGGGACUGGGACAAGGAGAUUGUGCUGAUCACGGGCGGGGCAAAUGGAAUUGGGGCGGCGAUAGCGAAGCAGUUCGCGGAGCGUGGAAUCAAGGUAGUAGUGUGGGAUGUUCAGAAGCCGGGAGAGGAGUUGUUGGCCUACCCAACCCUCCACUACACUCCCGUCGACCUAACCUCCCCCACCCUCACCACCGCCUUCGCCCACCUCCGCAGCACCCACGGCCCCCCCACCAUCCUCAUCAACAACGCCGGCAUCGCCGCCUCUUCUUCCUUCCUCGCCGAAAACCCUGAGACCACGGCCCGCCACUUCGCUGUCAAUACGCUCUCGCAGAUGCGCAUGGUACAAGAGUUCCUGCCGGACAUGGUGGCACGGGAUCACGGGCAUGUGGUGACAGUGGCGAGUGCGUCGAGCUGGAUUAGUACGUCGGGAUUGGUGUCGUAUGCAGCGAGCAAGGCGGCGGUGAUGGCGUUCCAUGAGGGGGUGGGGCAGGAGUUGAGGGUUAGGUAUCGGGCUAGGAAGGUCAGGAUGACCAUUGCAUUCCCCCACUUCGUCCGCACAAAAAUGGUCGCCAAUCUCACCACCCUCCACGACUUCCGCGACUUCCUGCUUGAGCCAGACUACGUGGCUACAGAGAUUGUGAAGCAGGUACUCAGCGGUCAGUCGGGCAAUCUGGUGUUGCCACCGAGUAACAAGUGGUUGUCGAGACUGAGAAGUAUGCCCGCGUGGUAUCGAUAUUAUGUGGCCGGAUUGGAUCCGGAUGUGUAUGCUCCGAAGAAGAAGGAGUAG